UUAGCAACGCCUUAGCGACGCCGUCCCCGGUGAAGCCGCCGCUGCCAUGGCAGAAACGGCGCCUCCUUUGACUCCAGCCCCAACCCCGACCCUGACCCCCACCCCGACGCAGUUGGUCCGGCAGGCCAGCGCUCCCAGCCCCGCCCGGGCCUACCACCUGCGCCCGGCCUUCCACCACAGGUUCCGUUCUUCCAUGGUGAAAGAUUGCAUCCGUGAAGUCUUGAAGGAGGAGUUGGCCAACGUGCAGUACAACCCAGAGGAGACCGGAGCCCAAACCAAAGUCUUAUCUGAGCUGAUCCGGGACCGGCUGAAAGAUAAAGGAUUUCACCGAUAUAAAAUAGUGGUGCAAGUAGUGAUCGGAGAACAGAGAGGCGAGGGAGUGAACAUGGCUGCCCGUUGUUUUUGGGACGCUGAUACCGAUAACUACGCUCAGGAUGUUUUCAUCAACGAGAGCCUCUUCUGCGUCGCCGUUGCCUUCGGCUGCUUCUUCUACUAAAGCCGGCUGCAAGCUCCCCAAGAAGGACGGCGUUUAUCUUGAAGAUCCUGAAGGAGCAGGAUUGCAGGCUGCUUUUCCUUUCCUCCCUCUGCACCUGCACGUUCAUGUGUGUGUGUGUAUAUAUAUAUAUAUGUGUGUGUGUGUGUGUAUGUAUAGUUCGCUGUGUGAAAUAUAGCUU